AUGGAAUGUAAAAAAGCUGUUGUUAAAAAUGCUGAUAUGUCAGAUGAUAUGCAACAAUGUGCUGUUGAUACAGCUGCUCAAGCAAUGAUUGAAUAUAAUAUUGAAAAAGAUAUUGCAGCUUAUAUUAAAAAACAUUUUGAUAAAAAUUAUGGUCCAACAUGGCAUUGUGUUGUUGGUAAAAAUUUUGGAAGUUACGUAACACAUGAAACCAAUAAUUUUAUUUAUUUCUAUCUACAAAAUGUUGCGGUACAAUUAUUUAAAUCAGGAUAA